AUGUUUCAAAAAUUUAUCAAAAUUCAAAAAGAAUUAUUACCACAAUUUUUAAAGAAAACAAAGACUAGAUCUACGGAUUCUAAAAAAAGUGAUAACACAGAGACUAAUACUAGUAAUAGUGUAGAGGAUGAAAUUAUUGACAAGAAAAUUAUAUAUAGUUCUUUAUUAGAUAGUACUAUAAUUAGUAGUCCACCUCCUAUAGAUGAUACUAUUAACAAUUAUAAAGAAACAAUGUCUAAUAGUUAUUUCUCAGCAACUAUAUCUGAAGAUAUUUGGAUUGUUUGGAACUAUAGUGAAUAUUAUUUUGUCAUUGGUAGAAGUAACGUGAGGCCAUAUAAGAAAGAUGGCUUUGAGACUGAGAUAACUGAUAACCUUGAUAAAAUACUUAUUGUAAGCGAAAACUCUAGUAAUAAGGAUAAUAAAUAUGCAAUUGUAAUGUAUUAUUCAUUUGAAUUAGAUAAUGAGGAAAAUCUUGAACCAAAAGAAGGAAAAAAUAAAAUAAGUAUGGCAAAGGAAAGUAAAAAUAAGUGUGAUGAAGAGAAGUCUGAAGAAAAAGAGUCCAAAGAAGAAAAUAAUAGAAAUGUUGAAUUGAUAGAGAGAGAAAAUAAAGAGUUAGUUGAUAAAAGUGAUGAGAUUGAGGUUAAAUUGAUAGAGGAAGAAGAUAAAGAGGAGUUAGUUGAAGAUGAAAGUGAUAAAGUAGAAGGAGAAGAAGAAAGUGACGAGGUGGAUGAAA